AUGAGCUACUACGGAGGAUACUAUGGAGGCCUGGGCUAUGGCUAUGGCUCUGGUUAUGGCUGUGGAUGUGGCUGCUGUCCUGGCCUAGGCUAUGGCUUUGGAGGCUGUGGCUAUGGAGGCCUGGGCUAUGGAGGCUAUGGCUAUGGUAGCUGUGGCUAUGGCUGCUACCGCCCCUUCUGCUGUAGAAGCUACUAUGGGGGCCUGGGCUAUGGCUAUGGCUCUGGUUAUGGCUGUGGAUGUGGCUGCUUCCGUGGCUUAGGCUAUGGCUUUGGUAGCUGUGGCUGUGGAGGCCUGGGCUAUGGUGGCUAUGGCUAUCGAGGCUAUGGUUAUGGCUGCUGCCGCCCAUCUUGUUGUGGAAGAUAUUAUUCCUGUGGCUACUACUGA